GUCCACAGAGAUAAAAAUAAGAUUGGUUCCAAAUAUUUCUUACCUCUUUCUUUCACUUUUUUUUCUUUUCUCUCAUUUUUUUUUUUUCAUUCACUUUUUUAUCUUUUCUUUCUUUUUUUGGAAAAAUAAAUAUUAUCCUUUAUAUUGAUUUUUACUUUUUAUCUAUUGCGUUGUUAUUGAUCCCACUUUUGUUGAUUGUCAACACGUUAUGGGCGCACAACAAAGCAAACCGAAACGUCGUCAAAAAUAUAUCAAAUCAACUCAACCUACAAUAAAAAAUAUAUCACCAAUAUCAAAGUCAUCAUCUUCACAACAAUCUUUAACUUCAUCCACUUUUCAACAACAAACAAAUGGCAUGAUGACAGAACAACAACUCAUAACCAGGACUCCUAAUACUAAUGAAAACAAUGACAAACAUAAUAAUGCGAUCGAUGAAAAUCAACAAACAAAUACUUGGAUUAAUCGUUUUGUGGAACCAGAUUCACUGACAUUACAGCUCUAUUUGGAUCAACGUACAAUGGCCGAUCUGUUUGUUGAUGGUGAUUUUGACGAUAUGCCCGAUUUUUAUGAUGUCGAAUCCACAAUCUCAUCCCAACAUUCAAAUCUUUUUUCUACUUUAUCAUCUAUUACACCAUCAUCCAUCUCUUCUAUCUCUUCAGUACAAAUCGACAAUCACAAAUCUUCUUCUUCUUAUUUACUACGCCAAUCAUCAUCAACUCAAUCAACAUUUAUCGCAGCAUUAGAUGAUGAUUUUAUCACUACAAACGACAAUAGACUUGAAACUUUUGAUGACUUACUGGCACUAGCUGAACAAAACAAUCGAGUGGAAUUAGCAUAUUGUGUCGCAGUUUGCUACUAUCGUGGUUGGUACAAUGUCCAAGUAGAUUAUGAAAAAGCAUUCCAUUGGUUUGAACAAGCUGCUAUCUUGGGAAAUUAUCAAUAUCAACAAAAAUCUGGUUUUACUGCGGAAAAGGAUGACAAGAUGGAUAUCCUCCCUUUGGUGGCACUGGCUCAAUACCGUACUGGGAAAAUGUUGUUACAACAGGAUGACAACAAUCGUGCAUGGUAUUAUCUUAAUUUGGCAGCGAAAAAUGGCAAUAGUCGUGCGGAGUACCUAGUUGGUUGGCAAGCUGAAAAGAGGGAAAAUGAUAUACAAAAGGCUUUCUAUUGGUACCUCUCCUCUUGGCGUCAUGGAUUAGUCGAGGCUCAAGCUGCGUUGGGAUGUCUGCUGAUCAAUCAUGCUACCACUUCUCUUACCAUGGAUCUUGGUGGACUCUCUAUCUCUGGAUUGUCGUCGGUGAUGUCGCGCGAUCAACAAGCUUUAUAUCUCCUGGAAGAUGCAGCGAAAAAGGACAAUUUAACUGCUCUGCUACAACUUGGAUCUCUUUAUACUGAAGGAAAACAUGUGGAACGAAAUACAAGUCUAGCAAUUGUAUAUUACAAAAAGGCAUCGACUCUAGUGGAUUUAGACAAUGCAAAUUAUCAAGUUAUCCAUUACAUGCUUGGACGUGAAUAUAGAUAUUUGGAUGGAAAUCGUACCUUUGAUUCAUCACUGGUUAGCUAUCAAGAUGGAACUACUCAUUAUCAUCAACAAGCUAUAAAACAUUUUGAACUUGCCUGUACCCCUCUCAAGGACGGUGGAAAUGGAUAUGCUUUAGCUCAACGAUCAUUGGGUCAUAUGUAUUAUAUUGAUACUAACAAGAAUGAUUCCGUUAGACUCUUACACAAGCAAAAGGCUCACGAUCUAUUUGAAAAAGCUGCAGCUCAAGGUGAUGUUACAGCCAUGGGAUUUUUGGGUGAACAGUAUGAACGUGGUAUUGGAUGCAAGCAAGAUAUGGAAAAAGCUUUAUUUUAUUACCGACAAGCAAUGGAAACUGGUUCCUCAGUAGGUGAAUUGGCAUUGGCACUUCUACUUCAUCGUAUGGAAAGAUAUCAAGAAGCUUAUCAACAUUUUACUCAAAUUGCAAAUCAACCCUCUAUGGCGACAAAGCUAAUCAAGGAAACAAAAAUCAGUGAACAAACAACCGCUGACCGGUCAUCUUAUCAAAUUUUAUUAGAGCAAGAUAUUUCCAAAACUAAAUGUCGUGCGCAAUAUAUGGUGGCAAGAUAUCUUCAUAAUGGCUGGGGUGGCUGCAUAAAGGAUCCAAUCAAGGCUUUCUUCGAUCUUGUCCAUUUGGCUGACGUGGAUGAGUUUGCUCCUGCUUAUUACUGGGUCGCAAUUGGCUACAAGGAUGGUGUCACUGCAGAAUCAAAGGCGGAUGAUCAUCAUCAUAUGGAAGUACAACCUGAUUUGAUGCGUGCGCUUGGCUAUUUUGAAAAGGCUGCUCUACUCAACAAUGAUCAAGAUGCUCAAAUGCAAUUGGCUACUAUGUGCUCCAAUGGAUUUAAUUACUCUACAACACCAACUGGAACUAUCAAACAUUACAAGGAUCGUGCGGCUGCUUUGAAAUGGUAUAUGAUGGCUGCUGAUCAACAUAAAAACGCAGCAGCUCAAUAUUGUACAGGGAUUUAUUAUGCAAAAGGAUUAGCCCCAUUGGAUGGCAAGGAUGUGGUCAAGGCAGAAGCAUACUAUGAAGCAUCAGCAAAACAAGGUUAUACUUUAGCUAUGGUCCAACUCGCUCAACUUAUUAUACAAGAAACUGCAAGUAUUAAUGGUGAUGACGACUGGUUAGAUGACACUUUUACAAGACAACGUUACAAUAAAGCUUUUGAUUGGUUGAUGGUGGCAACUAAAAAACAGGAACCUGGUGCUUAUCGUGAAUUGGCUCACAUGUAUGAAAAAGGUUAUCAUCCAGGUCUGAUAGAUGAUACUCGUUAUCAAAAAGGAUUCACUCUUUUGGAACAUCCUCUUCUUACCAAUGAUGCUCAAGCUUGGUGUGCAAAAUCUCGUUAUUAUGAACAUGGUUGGUUUGUUGAUCAAGAUCUGGAACAAUCAGUGGCUUGUUUGGAACAAGCUGUAAAACUCAAUUACCUCAAGGCUGAUUUGUAUAUAGCUGAACUUUAUGAAAGAAAUGGAAAGAAUGAUCAUGCUUUGUCAAAAUAUCAUGAUAUUAUCAAGAAACAUCCUCUACGAUCUCAAGUUGGUUGGUUUUCCCGAUUAAAUCUUUGUCGAAUGCUGGUUCACUCUAAUUCUUCUACCUCUCUCUCAGAACAACAUCUUAUUCUUGGAUGGUUACACGAAAUGACCGAUCAAAAUGCAGGUGAAGCCUCCAUCGAGCCUUUACUGUUAUUGGCCACUUGCUAUGAAGUUGGUUUUGGUACUUCCCAGAAUCUGACAGAAGCCAAAUUAUUUUAUGAAAAAGCUACCAAGAUCAAACAUUCUUCCAUCAAUAACCAAGUUCAUUGGCCUCAGCAAAAUGCAUACUUUUAUUUGGCAAAACUUUGUGUCGAACAACAUCUAUACGAUGAAGCUUUUUCUUACUUCAAACAAUUGGAAUUGAAUCUCAAUCGCAUGAAUCGUCAUUCCCCUGAAACAAGACGUCAUGCCAGACAAGUGCGGUAUUACUUAGGUUAUCUACUACUCAAUGGAUAUGGAACAUCGAAGGAUGAAGAAAAAGGUAUCCACUGGUUGACUCAAGCUGCCGAUGAAGGUGAAGGUGAUGCAUGUUACACACUUGGAAAGUUGUAUUUGGAAAAGAAGCAACAUGAUGAUGACAAUUAUGUUCAAGAAGCGUCUAAACGAUUUGAUCAAGGAGUUUCCUCUGGACAUCCUGGAUGUAUGCGGGAAUUGGCACUAAUUAUACAACAAGAACAUCAAGCAGAUAAAGAUUGGGACGGCAUGGAAACAUAUGAUUUGCUGGAACAAGCUCAAAGAUUAGGUGAUGUCGAAGCAUUGGUGCGUAUGGCAGUGGCAGUACAAUAUGGUCUUGGCACAGUCAUCAAGAAGGGAAAUACAACCAUGGCUUUAGGAUGGUACCGUGCUGCAGCUCAACAAGGACAUCCAAAGGCAGCAGUAUAUGCAGCAGUGGCAUUUCAUGAAUUACAACAACAUGAUCUGGCGGUGGAAUGGUUUCAGAUGCAACCUGAAAGUUUAGUAUCAAAAGUUUGGUUAGCAUUUUAUCGACUCAAAGGUGUUGGUGGUUUAGUGGCUGAUCCUGUGCAAGCAUUUUCUCAACUGGUGCAAAUAGUUAAUGACUUCAAAUUUGAUCAACAGAACGAUAUAGGAGAUCGAAAUGCUCUUGGUUUGGCCUACUAUUUGGUGGGAAGAUGUUAUGAAGAAGGUGAAGGAACUGAAAUAGAUGGUAGCAAAGCGAUGAUAUAUUACGAAUUGGCUAAACAACGUACUCAAGAUGUGGAAGCGACAUAUCGAUUAGGAGCACUUUUAUUCCAACAAUAUCCUGAUGAUGAUGACGAAAGUAGCAUAGUAGAACAGCAACAACGGGCAUUUGAAUGUUUUGAUACAGCAGCAUCAAAAGGGAACUUGGAAGCAAAAUAUAUGGUUGGUGUGUAUCAUGCUCGUGGUCUUGGUGGCAUGGCUCCUGAUAAUGCUGCCGCGCAAAUUCAUCUUCAACGAGCUAUACGAGAUGGGCAUACUCGAGCUAUAUUGGAAUUAGGACAUGUAUUAUGGUCAACCAAAAACUUCAACAAAGCUAUUACUCAAUUCAAGAAAGCAGCCGAACUCAAGAUUCCUGAAGCAUCAUACCAUUUAGGCCGACUUUAUCAUGAAGGUGUACGUGAUCGUUCUUCUUCUGGACAUGGUACUUCAAGCAAAGGUGCCACUCAAAUGAUGAUUAUUCCUCAAGAUUACCAUCAAGCAUUCUUUUAUUUUAUGAAGGCGGUGGAACAAGAACAUGCCAUGGCAACCAUGAUGAUUGGUAUUUAUUAUCAAGAAGGACAUGAUGCAGCUUUCCAUCCUGUAGACCUUAUGAAAGCUUUGCACUACUACAAAUUGGCCUAUGAACGUCUUGAUGGUGGUAGCGAUAGACAUAUGGUGGAACUAGCUAUUGCCAAGCUCCUGCAUACAAUGGCUGAACAAGAUGAUGACGAAUCAGAUAAAUAUCAUCAAAUGGCAUUCGAUUGGUUCCUUCAAGCAAGUCCGAUUGGUCAAGAUAGACAAGACAAUGAUCGUUCAAUGGAACAAAUUAUCGGUACAUAUGAUGAACGUACAGACAAACAACAACCACUUUAUGAAGCUCAAAUGAUGGUGGCAUUUUAUUAUCUGAAUGGAUGGGGCUCUAUUGAAAAGGAUCAACCACGUGGAUUUGAAUUACUUUUGGAUGCGGCCAACCAUGGUGCUUCGAUUGCAUUUAUAGAUGUAGCCAAAUGUUAUGAAAAUGGAAUUGGUGUCGAAGAAGAUAAAUCACAGGCGUAUCACUAUUGGUCUUUUGCAGCAGAUAUGAAUCUUGUGGAAGCCAUGGAUAGGGUUAGUUUGUAUCAUCGUGAAGGAUGGGGUGGUUUGACGCCGGAUGAUGACACUGCAGAUAUUUGGGAAGCCAAGGCCAACUUAUUACGACAACAUGGUGAUUCUGAUCGCGACUCCAGUAUAUAUACGACAUCCUCCUCCAAUACUUCAACCUAUUGAUUGUAUGCACACAUAUAUACAUACACACAUAUUUAUAUUCAAACACACAUACACACACACACAUUCGUUUAUAUAUAUAUCUUGACUUAUUUUUAUUAUCAUUUUCAAACACACAAACACACAAACACACAAACACACAAACAC